AUGGCUAAGCUGACUCUCCUUACUGGUCUGGUGCUUUUGCUGAAUGCUCAGCUGGGCUUUGCCUACCAGCUGACAUGCUAUUUUACCAACUGGGCCCAGUACAGACCAGGCGCUGGACGUUUCAUGCCUGAUAACAUCGACCCAUGCCUGUGUACCCAGUUGAUUUAUGCAUUUGCUGGCAUGAAGAACAAUGAGAUCACCACAAUUGAAUGGAAUGAUGUGACCCUUUACAAAUCCUUCAAUGGACUGAAGAACCAGAAUGGGCAACUGAAGACUCUUCUGGCUAUUGGAGGAUGGAAUUUUGGAACAGCACCAUUCACUGCAAUGGUUUCCAGUUCUGCAACCCGCCAGAUUUUUAUCAAUUCAGUCAUCAAAUUCCUGCGUCAGUAUGAAUUUGAUGGGCUGGAUUUUGACUGGGAGUACCCUGGAUCUCGAGGCAGCCCAGCUCAGGAUAAGGAACUCUUCCUGUUCUGGUUAAGGUAUGAAAUGCGGGAAGCCUUUGAGCAGGAGGCCCAGCAAACAAAUAAACCCAGGCUCAUGGUCACUGCUGCUGUGGCUGCAGGACUUUCCAACAUUCAGGCAGGCUACCAAAUUCCUCAGCUUGGCCAGUAUUUGGACUAUUUCCAUGUGAUGACCUAUGACUUCCAUGGUUCCUGGGAGGGAUACACCGGUGAGAACAGCCCUCUGUAUAGAAGUCCCACUGACACUGGUAGCAACAUCUACUUCAAUGUUAACUAUGCCAUGAACUACUGGAAGAACAACGGUGCCCCUGCUGAAAAGCUCAUUGUUGGAUUCCCAACUUAUGGACACACCUUCAUUCUCUCCAACCCAUCCAAUACUGCCAUUGGUGCUCCCACAUCUGGGCCUGGGCCUGCAGGACCUUACACAAGACAGUCCGGAUUCUGGGCUUACUAUGAGAUCUGCACUUUCCUGAAGAACGGAGCCACUCAAGCUUGGGAUGCUCCUCAAGAUGUCCCUUAUGCUUACAAAGGCAAUGAGUGGCUUGGUUAUGACAACAUCAAGAGCUUUAAUAUUAAGACUCAAUGGCUGAAGCAGAACAACUUUGGAGGUGCCAUGGUCUGGGCCAUUGACUUGGAUGAUUUCACUGGAACUUUCUGCAACCAAGGCAAAUACCCCUUGAUCAACUCUCUGAAGAAUGCCCUUGGACUUCAAAGCGCCAGCUGCACAGCCCCUGCUCAGCCAAAUCCUCCAAUCACGGCAGCUCCCAGUAGCGGUUCCGACAGCGGCAGCGGAAGCUCUGGCAGCAGCGGCUCCAGCGGUGGCAGCUCUGGAAGUGGCAGUGGUUUCUGUGCUGGCAAAGCCAGUGGUCUGUACCCUGUAGCUGGCAACAAAAAUGCUUUCUGGCACUGUCUGAAUGGAGAGACCUAUGAGCAGCAUUGCCAGGCUGGCUUAGUCUUUGAUCCAAGCUGCAGCUGCUGUAACUGGGCAUAA